ACCAAUUUUAGUCCUUAACUUCAGACGGUCCCUUCAGUGAUCCAAGAUGGCGGUCUGGAGGUGGGCUGCGUCUCUACGUGCUGCCCGGCAGGUGUGUGGCACUGGGCUGGUGCGGCGCUGUGGUGGUGGUGGGGUUGUGGCGCAGCGGUGGUGCAGUUCUGCCUCACCGCGCAUCACCACACAUUACUCUGUGGUGCCGAGGGAGACCGAUGCACGCUGGGCAGAUGUGGACAUGGAGAGGUACGAGGACGAGGCAGAUGUGGUGGUGGUGGGGGGCGGUCCGGCAGGGCUCAGUGCCGCCAUCAGACUCAUGCAGCGCGCCCAGCAGGAGGAGAGGGAGCUGAGGGUCAUGGUGGUGGAGAAGGCUGCAGAUAUUGGCGGCCACAUCCUGUCCGGGGCCUGUCUGGAGCCAAGGGCGCUGGAGGAGCUGUUCCCAGACUGGCAGGAGAGAGGAGCACCACUGAACACCCCCGUCACCAAGGAUGUUUUUAGCUUCCUAACCGAGAAGGGGAGGCUCAACAUUCCCAUCCUGCCUGGAAUGCCAAUGCACAAUCAUGGAAACUACAUCGUUCGCAUGGGUCAUGUGGUGCGGUGGCUGGGGGAGCAGGCGGAGGAGCUUGGGGUGGAGGUGUAUCCCGGCACCCCUGCGUCGGAGGUGCUGUACCGCUCCGAUGGGUCUGUGGCGGGUGUGGCGACGGGUGAUGUGGGUAUUGCCAAGGAUGGAUCGCCAAAGGAUGCUUUCGCGCGAGGCAUGGAGCUGCGUGCCAAGUGUACCGUCUUUGCCGAGGGCUGUCACGGUCACCUGGCCAAGCAGCUGUACACAAAAUUCAACCUGAGGGAGAACUGUGAGCCGCAGACUUAUGGCAUUGGCCUGAAGGAGCUGUGGGAGGUGGCACCGGAGAACCACAAGCCUGGCACAAUAGAGCAUACUGUGGGCUGGCCGCUAGAUAGAUUCACCUAUGGAGGGUCGUUCCUGUACCACCUGGCUGAGGACCAACCCUUGGUGUCCCUGGGGUUCGUUAUAGGCCUGGACUACACCAACCCUUACCUCAGCCCCUUCCAGGAGUUCCAGAGAUUUAAGACUCAUCCUUCUGUGGCAGCUGUGCUACGGGGAGGGACCAGGAUAUCAUAUGGAGCCAGAGCACUGAAUGAGGGAGGCCUUCAGUGCAUCCCCAAGCUUACGUUCCCCGGUGGCUGUCUGGUCGGCUGCUCCCCUGGCUUCAUGAAUGUGCCCAAGAUUAAGGGGACCCACAAUGCCAUGAAGAGUGCAAUGCUGGCUGCUGACAGUAUCUUCGACCAGCUGACGGAUGAGAAGAAUGCUGAGGCAGAGUGGGUGGAGCCGGUGAGCUACGAGACAACCCUGAGGGACUCCUGGGUGUGGAAGGAGCUGCAUGCAGUGAGGAAUGUGCGGCCUUCCUUCCACUCACCCCUGGGUCUGUAUGGCGGUCUGCUGUACACUGGCCUGUUCUACGUGCUGGGCCGCGGCAAGGAGCCCUGGACGCUGAAACAUGGAGUGCGCGAUGCUGAAAGACUGAAGCCUGCCUCAGAAGCCAAGCCAAUUGCAUACCCAAAGCCAGAUGGGGAGGUGAGCUUUGACUUGCUGAGCUCUGUGGCACUGACCGGGACCAACCACGACCACGACCAGCCGCCUCACCUCACCCUGCGGAACGACAGUGUGCCUGUGGAGAGGAACCAUGGCAUAUUUGAUGGGCCAGAGGGAAGGUUCUGCCCUGCCGGUGUGUAUGAGUACGUGCCGCUGGAGUCCGGUGAUGGAGUGAGGCUGCAAAUCAACGCACAGAACUGCAUCCACUGCAAGACGUGUGACAUCAAGUGCCCGUCACAGAACAUCAACUGGGUGGUGCCCGAGGCUGGUGGCGGCCCUGCUUAUGAUGGGAUGUGAUGUGGAGGUGCUGUGUAGAGGAUGGUAGGAGGGUCCCUAAGGCAGCAAACUUCUUUCUCCUUUGCUGUUUAAACCCAAGUCUUCAUCUCAGAUCCUCUCAGCUCUUCCCAUGUUGUCCUCAUCGAGUGCCACAGUCUGUAAUAGAGUGCGUUUGAGUGCGUGUGUGUACAUAAAGAUAAAAUAUAGAUUUGUACAUUUUAUAUUUUCUGUGAGACAGAUCAUGUACAGUUGGUGACAAAUAAUAAUGGCUUGGUGGUUUUUAUUUAAUUAAUCUCAGUAAUAAAUUAAUUUCUCUCCCAAUAGAGUUUAAGUUUUCAGGGUUUUGUCUACAGCUUUUCUCCUUAGUGGGUCACGAAGGAAGGGUUGCCUAGAGGGUGGAGUGUUGCAUUGUCUUGGGUAAAUUAGGAUGUGGUUAGAGAGAGAGAGAGAGAGAGAGAGAGAGAGAGAGAGAGAGAGAGAGAGAGAGAGAGAGAGAGAGAGAGAGAGAGAGAGAGAAAUUGAAUGCAUAAGGAUCUUUUUAGUAAAUGUGGUUAGGAAGACGGGUAUAAUCAAUGUACAGAGAAACUAGAAGAGAGACUGAGAAUUUAGUGUGUGUAGGAAAAGCAAUAAUAAAGAAUGCAAGAAAGGGGAAACACAGGAGACAAAAAUUAAAAAUGGACACUGACAGAUUGACGAUGGGAAGCAAGAAAGAUGACACUGACAGAUUGAUAAUGAAAAAGAAAAUAGAUUGGAAACAAGAGACAAUGCAAAUUUACACAAACAGACAGGCAAUAAGAUGAAUUGAAGAGGAAAGUUUAAUCAAUGCAAACUUAGUAAUAUGAAUACAAAUAGAUAAUAAGGCUAACAAUGCAAAGUUAAUAAUAUGAAAAAUUAGUAACAUGACAGUAAAAUAGGUCUUAUCAAUGCAAACUUAGUAAAUAUGAACACAAAUAGAAGAUAGGACAUGGAAGUUACCAAUGUGAUGUGUGUAGUAUGAAAGGAGUGUUUUAUCAAUGCAAACUAAGUAAUAUGAACAAAUAGACAGUAAGAAGAUAGGCAGGGAAGUCUUAUCAAUGCAAUCUUAGGCCUAAGCUCGUAUUUAACCUGUCUUCUUCAGCUGUAACUCAACUAGAAACUGUGAUGACCUUGAUUAAACCAUUAAAACAAUUUGACUGC